CUUGGUUUCGCACGUGUCCGACUUUGAAGUGGAUUCAAUUGCCGCACUUACAGCGACUUUCAACUCCGUCGUAUUCGUCGCCGUCACCCAUCACUCCUUCCUCCAUCCUCCAUUCUCAAUCUCCCAUCCUCCAUCUCGCCUCCUGAUUGAUUCACCAUCGCAUUUCUCUUCCUCUCUUUUGUCAUUCAUCCACCUCGGUCCGACGCUAGCACUGCGCCCUCACAGAAUCUCCCUCUCAUCCAUCUCAGCGCCUCCGCCCGUGCGCAUCACCGUGAAGCCGUGCGCAGUCGCAGCCUUCGCCCGCCCACCGCCGUCUCCGACGCACAAAAUAUUGCUCGCCCAUCCACCUCAUGGCCGCGACGGUGUAACUGCCCAUCAUGACCACGCAGCGCGGCGGGCCCUCGCCGGCCCCCGCCUCCCCCGUGGCGGCCGCCAGCCCGCGACCCGAGCUGCCAUGGGCAUUCAUCGACUGCCCCACCGAAACGCUCGUCGUCCUCAUCGCGCACAUGCUCGAAUUGCUGUGCCAGCACAACGAUCAGGUCCUCCUCACCCCCGACGCCCUCACUCGCUUCCAUUCGCGCGCACCCCCUGGCAUCACCAUUAUCGAUUACCUUCGUCGCAUCGUCAAGUAUACGAACCUUGAGAAAAUACCUCUCCUCUCACUUCUGGCAUACAUUGACCUCACAUGCCAGAAUCUUCCCACCUUCACACUCUCUUCCCUCACCGUGCACCGCUUCCUCAUUGCAGGCGUCACAGCUGGAUCCAAGGCGCAGUGCGAUGUGUUCUGCACCAAUGCACACUACGCCAAAGUUGGGGGUAUCAAAGUUGGCGAACUCAAUUCCCUUGAGCGCGAGUUCCUACGAGUGACAGCAUGGGCGCUUUGUUGCAACGCCGAUCUGUUGCAGCGCUACUAUACGUCGCUGAUCCGCUCGCACGGCGGCUUUGUGCAAGCUCCCGAACCUGAAGUGUCGCCUUUCAUGGCCUUUCCGGACGCCGGCAAGGCGCCGCAGUCCGAGCCUGACACUCCGGCCAAUAGCGCGAAGGAUGAAGCCGAAGCAGAUGGGUCCGAGCUUGGUUCCGUUGAUGAAGGGGACGAGGACGAUGAAGUCGAGGAGGACGAGGACGUUGAUGUCAUCGAAGUGCCGCCACCACCAGCUCAAGGCAGAGGGAGACCACGACAGCGGGACGCAAUGGACGUGGACCCACCCGAGCCGAAGCGGGGGCGAAGCGCAGACAAGGGCAACGGACUGAAGCAAUUGGUCGGCGGGCUGUUCCACCGCCGUGACCGCUCGCACUCCCAGGAUCCGACACCGACACCGCCAAAAGCAAUGGCAGGGCAGGCCCACGACCCACCGUCGGCGGCGACGUCGGCGACCGUUACGCCGUCCUCGGUGCGCGGGAACGGCAACGGGCACACAGUGCGAUCACGGCCAGUCGCAUCACCUGCGCUCGAUCACAGCAGCCCACCCAAGCAACUCACGCCGCGUGUGCGCACGCGCGAUGAGCGUUCCGUCGAGAGUCUGCGUGGCGUCGGCAUGCCGCCUCCCGUCGCGGUGGACGAUUGCAAGCGGCGCGCGAGGGGAGAUUAGGAGCAUGGUUGUAUCAUUAUCGAUGGAUGGCAUGCAUCAUUGCAGCACG